AUGUCCACCGCCGCUGUGAGGUCACUCUACCGGCGGUCAUUGAAGCUGGCACUGGACUGGGCUGUCCAUCGCCAGGUGUGGCGGGGGCAGGCGGUCUACAUCCGGAGCCUCUUCGAGGCAAACAAGGAUAUUCGCGAUCCCCGACAGCAGCAGGUUCUAUUGCGUGAGACCGAGAAACUGCUGCAGAGCUGGAAGCACCCCGAUCCCUAUCGGGCCCCGACAGCCCCUGGUGGAAACAAAUGGGAGCGGAAUCUGCCGGCUCGUAUUCUACCAUAUGCCGAGAGCCCGGGGGCUCACUGA